UCUCAAUUAGAAAGGUGGGGAAAAUGCCUCUUCAAUCCCUUGAAUCGAUUUUUUGUUUUCUCUUUUUUUCCCCACUUUUAUGGUUUGGCAUAAGAUAAAGUAAUUGUUUUAAAGAUGAAAGAAUAUACCAAAGAGGAAUUGGAAUACAUGAGAUAUAGAAUGGAAGGCGAAACAGCCUUACAAAAAAUUCAAAGAAAAGCACGAGAAGAACCUUUAGUGCCAGCAGGCGUUGCGUUAACCUGUUUCGCUUUGGUAGCUGCUACAGUAGGUGUGAAAACCGGUAACAGAGCUUAUACUAAUAAUAUGUUCCGGUUGAGAGUUGCGGCACAAGGGUUUACUGUUAUAGCCAUGGUGGGCGGCUCACUUUAUUAUCAAUACAAAGAUAAACAGAAAGAAGAAUGAGGGGUUUAGUUUGGUGACGGCAGCCUCCAUUCAUUCAACAGGUGCCGCCUAAUUUGUUCCUGAUCGUAUGAUGGUGAUGCCUCACUAUUCGUAUAAUUUUUUAAAUUUAUUGUAUCAGUGAUUAACAAGUAUGGGGUUUCAACUCAACUUAGCUUACGCUGAUACUUACGGAUUCUGUAUA